UCCAUCGUCUCCCUGCAGCCAUUCCAUCGACUCUCUAUUCUACUACUCUACCGUUUACCAUCUACCAUCUACUCCCAAGCACCAGGAUAUCACGGUUAAUCUCUGGCUGCUCUCUGAUUCCACCAUGGCAGAGAAGCUAUAAUUCCAUUCAAACAUGUCUGUUCGACACGGCUACACUGCUUACCUUGUCUGUCUGUCUACAUUUGUUUUUUGCUAUACAGCAUAUCCAACGGGAAUUCCCACAAUGCAUGACGACGAUGGAUCAACCGACUCGACUGACUCGACGAGCGGAACCCGCCAGCCCACAAGCUGCAUCGUCCCGAGUCGUGGGCAUGGGCCAUCCCGUGCCAUGCCAUCCAAUCUGUCAUCUACCGCCUGCAUGCCACCAUGCCCCUCCAACCGCUGCAUACUUAGACCACACACCACACUCAGUCUUGCUUGACUCCUUGCACCCGGGUUUCUCAACGGCAGACGAUGCCAUGACUACAUAUGUAUAUAGUCAAGUACAUUGCACUACACGCACACAUGCAGCCAUGGUACCGUGAUUGGCUGUCGCCUGCACCUCCUCCACCCCCCGACCUCAGCAUAGACUUGCCCGAAUCCCCAAGCGCUUAUUUUGUGCUGUGCCUCGCGACUACUGUCCCAUCACCUCUCCACCUAAGCCCUCUUCCUUCAAAAGCACCACAAUGCUUGAACAAGACUGCUAUCAUUUCCAUCAUUUCUAUAAGCUCGAGAGAGUCAUGACAAAGUAGACAACGUCUUUGCUGUCAUGCAAUACAACAACCUUUGUAAGUCUAGGUACCACACAUCUCAUGUCAAUUGGCUCGCCGUUGAUUGCUGUCACAGUCUUUGCUUUGUCUAGGCGCUUUUUUUUGUAUAUACUCUUCUUGAACGCUAUCUUGACAUGUUUGAUCCCAUCGCCACGAAUCGCCCAAGAUGAAUAUCCAACUUGGACGCCGAGGCGCUCCAGGCUGACCACUGAGAGACUAAUUCUAUACGUCUGAUCUGACAUUUUGAUCCUCUGUAUAGAAAGUCGCAGCCUUUCUCUUUGCACAUGAUAGUGGCGUAGCGUGUGCAUUUUGUAUGGGACUCGGAUCGUCUGGGGUGUCGGCAGCCGACUCGUCUGAUCCAUCCGGCUCUUGGGGAGCUUCAGGAUUCUCAGGCGGGAGGCGCACGUCUUGCCCGUUAACGCCGCCAAUCUUCUCGUCACCUCCCCCCCGUGCCGCUUGCUCGCUGCCUCCAGAACCAAGCCUGCCGCCGUGCCACAUCGAGAUAAACAUGCACCACCUGCUGCUGCUGCUGUGCAAGGUACCGUGCAUGCAUGCCUACAUACUCUCUUUGAAUCCCGUACCAAGUCCAAUGAUUACAUGAAUCCCGACAUCUAGCCUUGCCUGCCCCCCUGCAACAUGCACGCCCGUUUCCCGCUUGCAUGUCUUGUUUGCUGCCUCUCUCGGCUUGCUGGAUCCU